GUCAAUUUACAUAGAUUGAACUGUUGUAACUUAUGAACUGUUUUUGUAUCUUAAAAAUGUUUCCAAAAGUAAUUAAAAAAAUAAAGGCUACGUUUUAAGAUGAAACGGAAUGGCAAGUAACGGUUCACGGAGACAUGGAUCAUCCACGAUGAAGAUACGUCUGACAGUGUUCUGUGCCAAAAAUCUAGCCAAGAGGGACUUUUUCCGUCUACCAGACCCAUUUGCAAAGAUCAGCGUUGAUGGCUCGGGUCAGUGCCACUCCACAGAGGUGUGUAAGAACACCCUCGACCCAAAAUGGAACCAGCAUUAUGACCUGUACAUUGGUCAGACAGACUCAGUAACAAUCAGUAUAUGGAACCACAAGAAGAUUCACAAGAAGCAGGGAGCAGGAUUCCUCGGCUGUGUACGCAUCAUGUCCAAUGCCAUCACACAGCUCAAGGACACUGGAUUCCAGCGUCUUGACCUGCAGCGGAACAAUGCAGAUGACCCCGAGCCCGUGCGGGGUCAGAUUGUGAUAAGUCUCAUCUCCCGGGACCGUGGAAACUCGGGUGCAGGUCCCACCGUCACUAACUCCACACAUAUCAGCAACAACAGCAGCAGCAGCAGAAGCAGCACUCCUGUGAUCACCCCGCCAGAUGAUCUACCAGAGGGGUGGGAGGAGCGUAGAACGGCGAGCGGAAGAGUCCAUUAUGUGAACCAUGUCACACGCACAACGCAAUGGGAGCCUCCCACCAGGUCAGGUACUGAGGCUCCUGCACGUGCUCCGUCCACCACAUCCCCAUCCUCCAGCUCCAGCAGCGGGGAACGGCGCUCAUCCUCCGCCACACGCCAGUCUGGGGCCAGUCACCGGCAUCGAGACCGUGCCAACACCGCAACUCACCGACACAGCACAUCCUCACUCAACCCACCUCGCCCCAACACAGCCCGAAACCCAGCCACACGUGGCAAUGGUACGCAGAGCAACAGUGAGGACAACAGUCAGUCAGAGGGAGAGUUCCCACGGCGACGAUCCACGCGGCGACGCAACUAUCUCAACAGAAACCAGCUACACAAUGCAGUUGACUUACCCCAGGGAUAUGAACAACGAACUACUCAACAGGGCCAGGUGUACUUUUUACACACACAGACAGGUGUCUCCACGUGGCACGACCCGCGUGUGCCCAGAGACAUAAACGACAUAGAACUGUUGGACCGAGAGUUAGGUCCCCUGCCCCCGGGCUGGGAGGCGCGGCACACAGGGAAUGGGCGUGUGUACUUUGUGGACCACAACAAUCGCACGACACAGUUCACCGACCCUCGGCUCACGUCCAAUAUUGACCUGCUGCAGACUAGGGUGAAAAACAAUAAUGACAAGGAGAAUGACAAUCCCGUGCCAAAAUACAAGCGUGACCUCGUGCACAAGUUGAAAAUCCUCAAACAGGAGUUCACGAGUUUACAACCGCAGGGUGGACACUGUCGCAUGGAGGUCUCCAGGGAAGAGAUAUUUGAGGAGUCGUAUCGUCAAGUAAUGAAGAUGCGAGCAAAGGAUCUCCGCAAGCGUCUCAUGGUCAAGUUCAAGGGUGAAGAGGGGCUUGAUUAUGGUGGUGUUGCUAGGGAAUGGUUUUGUCUGUUGUCUCAUGAGAUGUUAAACCCAUAUUAUGGACUCUUCCAAUAUGCAAGGGAUGACAUCUAUACACUACAGAUCAACCCUGACUCCGGAGUCAACCCAGAGCAUCUGUCCUAUUUCCAUUUUGUUGGUCGGAUUCUGGGUAUGGCUAUAUUCCAUGGGCACUACCUUGAUGGUGGGUUUACCUUGCCGCUGUACAAGCAGCUGCUCGGCAAGCCCGUGGCUCUUGAGGACCUGGAGAGUGUUGACCCUGACCUGCAUCGCAGCCUCGUUUGGAUGCUGGACAACAAUAUAGAGCGUGUACUUGACCACACUUUCUGCGUGGAGAGCCACUCGUUCGGCCAGCAUAUGGAGCACGAGCUCAAACCUGGGGGCAGCGAUAUCAAGGUCACCGAGGACAACAAACGGGAAUAUGUCAAACUGUAUGUUCAGUGGGUGUUCAUGCGAGGUAUCGAGGCUCAGUUCCUCGCCCUUCAGAAGGGGUUCCACGAGAUCAUUCCACAACACCUUCUACGACCCUUUGAUGAACGGGAACUAGAGCUAAUGAUUGGUGGACUGGGUAAGAUAGACUUGGGAGACUGGAAGCUACACACUCGACUUAAACACUGCACAGCUGACCAUAACAUUGUCAAGUGGUUCUGGCAAGUAGCGGACAGUUACGACAAUGAGAUGCGGGCCCGACUCCUGCAGUUUGUCACUGGUAGCUCCCGGGUGCCUCUCCAGGGAUUCAAGGCUUUACAAGGAUCUACAGGGGCAGCGGGUCCCAGGCUGUUCACCAUCCAUCUUGUGGACACCAACACAGACAACCUGCCCAAGGCACAUACAUGUUUUAAUCGGAUAGACAUACCUCCCUAUGAAAGUUAUGAAAAACUUUACUCCAAAAUGACCUGUGCUGUAGAAGAAACUUGUGGGUUUGCAGUAGAAUGAUGGGACAUUAUAGUGCAUUAUUGGAUAAAACAGUCGAUGGAACACCAAGUGCAUUAUGGGUUGGAAAUUAUAGUGCAUUAUGGGUUAAAACCAGUGGAUGGAACACCGAAGUGCAUUAUGGGUUGGAAAUUACAGUGCAUUAUGGGUUUGAAAUUAUAGUGCAUUAUGGGUUAAAACCAGUGAAUUGUCAAACGUGAGUCUUGGCAAAACUGGACGUAGUCAAUAAGUUGCUAAGACAGUUUAGUGCAAACUCAACCCUUGCCAAAUGUAUUUGGUACACAGAUGUAUCGAAAGUGUUCCAUCAAUCAAAAUCAUCACAGAGAAAGAAUGAGCAUCCCACGAGUUCAACAUGUCAGGGUGCUGGGUAGGCUGAACAAAACAUCUGACAAAGCUUGAGAACAACACUUGAGCAUUUUCAUUGAAAACUGUUAUACUCAUGCAAAGAAAGGUUGUGAUAACACCCUCCAUAAUAUCAUGAGGACAAGUUUCUUAAGUUUUAAUUAUACAAAAAGAUGUGAAGACUUUCCUGUACAGAAGAAAAUACAGUGCAAUUUAUGUAAAUGUAAUUCCACUAUUUAUGGUAGAUGUAGAGUACCAAAACGAAACUAUUGCGAUUUCAGUUAAUGAAUGUAGAGUUAUCCAUUUUAAACAUGAAAUUGUAUUUUCAUUUAUAAGAAGGCAUUAAUAUUUUAUUUGUAAUGUUACAUAAGAACAUGAUGUUAAUUGAUGUACACUUGUGUGCUAACUUGGCAGUGCUACAUAAAACAAGACAUUAUAGCACUUGUAUUCUCAAAACCCUUCUGGUACCUAUCUUGUGCAAAUGUUACUCUGAAGAACCAUUUCAUGAACUUUGAAUAUAAAAUUUGAAAUUAGACUAAUGGUAUAAUAUCUGUUGUGAUUACAUAAUCAUGUAAUUUCAUAGAAUAUAUUUUUGUAAAGUUUCAUGUAUGAAGUGCACUUACCACAUUCACUCAGUUAUAUUCUGUCUUUCAGUUGUAAGACUUCAUGGGCUUUAAUAUACCCUUGUACAUGUUUCAUUGACUUCAAUGUACACUUGUACAUGUAUCUUGGACUUCAAUGUACACUUGUACAUGUAUCACAUGGACUUCAAUAUACGCUUGUCCAUGAAUAAUGGACUUAAAUGUACGCUUGUACAUGUAUCAUGGGCUUCAAUGUA